AAAGAACGUGUCAAAAAUAAACAAACUUGAAAGUUCGCUGUUAGUGAGUUGAUUGAUAUUUUAACGAGCUCUUGGUUAAAUGUUAUAAAGUUUUGCAAAAAACGAUACUCUGUCUGUAACUUCUGUAUGAGCAUUCAUUUUAUAAAGACGUUUCCGCGGGAAAAUAUGUUAUGCUUGGCGUAAGUGAGACAAUUAUUUUGUUGACGAUGUAAUAAACGAGUCAAACUUUCUAUUUAUUUCCAAAAUUGGAUUUCUAAACGCUUUUGUUGAUUUUCAACACACAAAACCAACAUACAAGAAACAUUGUGUUGAUCUUUAAUUCAUGUUGGAAUGUUUUUACGUAAAGGACGGUAUUAGUUUAUCAAGACGUGUUUUGGAUGGAUAUUUUUUUGUAAACAUUACAUAAAAAAAAUAAUAAACUUUCCAGAGGAUAAAAUUAUAAUAUAAAUUGACUAGCAAGAUGGUGUGUAACAGAACAACGGUUUCCGACGUAUUUUCUUACGGUAACGCAACGGUAUCAUUACUACUUGCGAUUAUUAUCGUUUUUGCUAACUUUAGUAUAAUUCUCAUAUUUGUAAAGUUCAAGAAAGUUCGAGACAUGAACAAUACAGCUGUUACGUUAUUAUCAAUUGGUGAUAUGUUACGUGGAACAGUUGUUAUGCUGCCGAAGAUUUACAACCACUUUGCACUUGCAACCAGCUUGGUGGGAGUUUUGUGCUAUCCAACGGCUAUCACAAGCGCUUUUUCGUUUGUUUUCAAUCCCAUGAUCCUUGCAAUGAUAGCUGUUAUCCGUUAUUGCAAAAUCUCGCCCUCAGUGAAUCGCUAUAUUUUGAUCACAGAAAAAAGAUUUAAAACUGCCGUUUGUUCAAUAUUUUUAACGUCUAUCUUUUUUGCCUUUCUACCUAUAAUGGGCGUUGGCGAGUACAAUUACAGCCCAUCACAUGGCGUGUGUUUUACAGAUUGGAGAGAAAGCAACAAACCGUUUCGUAUCAUAUUUUACAUUAUUGUAGUUGGUCUCGCCUUCCCUAUUUUAACAAUUUGCUAUGCUUUGGUGUAUUGGGAACUACGAAAGCACACAAUUAAUAUCCUGUCAAAUUACAAAACACGUGGUAGUCAAAGCGAAGACUCCUCAACAGCCAUAGACACGCCCAAGAAAGUUGCAUCAACAUUCAAAAAAACGGAAGCUGGCGGGAUUCAAAACACACCAACAAUAUCAGUCCAAGGCGAGCAAGUCGAAUACUCAAAAGAAAAUGACAACGGGUCUGUUUUUAUAACUGAUCGAGAAAUUUCAGUGGAUGGAAAUUCGGACAUGCCGAAUACAAUGGGCGAUACAUACGACGAUAACAGAAUGAAUAGACAAAUGCAUACAGUGGCUAAAAAGUUAUCCAAACAGGAAUACCAAGUCACAAAAUUAAUGAUAAUGAUUUUCAUAGCAUAUUGCGUAUGUUGGAUCCCUGCUGCUGUUGUUAAUAUUAUGGCCUUCGCAACGGGAGGUCAAACAAAUCUUUGUCCAGAAGUGUACUAUAUUAUUGUCACACUGGUGGAGGUAAAAAGUGCCCUUAAUCCGUUAAUUUACGGGCUUGGUAAUCGGAAAUAUCGGCGUGCUUUUAAAAAGUUAGUAAAAACUUAUUUAUACCUGCCACCUUGCUGGAAUCAAUGAAUUAAUUCUAAUAAACGCAUUUCAACUGAUGUUUUUCUUAAUUGCACAAAGUAGUUGAACUAUAUGAGUUACUACUGGUUUUUCUUUUUGUUCAUUUUCAACCACACGUCUUUCUUCAUAUUAAUAGUUGAGAAGGUGAGAAAUGUUAAAAAAAAGAAGAUAGGUGGGUAAAAUUUCCCGAAAUUUGGUGCGCUCCCCCUACAGUUAGGUUAAGAAUAGUGUACUUUUAUCACUUGUCUGCCUGGCUUGUUGCUAUACCUAUUUUUCAAAUUUGAACCUUUAUUAAGUCUGAGUUGUGUUUCUUCUUUUUUUAAAAAGAAUUUGAGACACACACCAAAAAAUAUAUUGAUAAUCUGCAACUAUCGACAAACAUAUAGUUUUCAAAUUUUUUUUACCAUUGCAUUUUACUUUUAAUAUAAUUAUUUAGUAUCAGGACCUAUUGAAAAUUUAAUUUUUAUAUUGUAUAUAUUCUUCAUUGUGUAAAAUAUGAAUAAAAGAAUCAAACUG